AUGGGGGAGGGAAGGGGCGACAACCCCGACGGGGUGAGCACCGAGCACCUGAAGCUGGAGCUGCUGGAGGAAAUCCACAUGAAGGAUGUAGUGCACCUCUCAAUACUGGAAAUAAAACAUGAGAUGGCAGAACUGGAAGCCAGCCUCAACAGCGACCAUGAAGGCAGUGAAUGGAAAACCCGUUAUGAGACCCAACUUGAACUGAAUGGUCAACUAGAAAAGCAAAUUGUUUCUCUUGAAGAGAAAAUGGAAAAAAUCCGUGGAAAUCCUUCAGAUAGACUAUCUUCUAUUCGUGCCUAUGAACGAAUGUCAGUGGAAUCCUUGAAUACAUUACUUAAACAGCUAGAAAAAGAAAAGAGGAGUCUUGAAAAUCAAGUGAAAGACUACGCACUUAAGUUAGAGCAAGAAUCAAAGGCUUACCUCAGGACCAACAAUGAACGCCAUACGUACAUAGCAGAAAUGUCUCAGGCUGCUGGUUCACAUCAAGCUUCUAAAAAGCAGCAGACGGAUCAGUUGCCAAGGAUGAAAGAGAGUUACUUGAAAAUUGGAAGAAAUAAUCCUGGUAAUCAGAAGACAGCAAAUGCCAAGAAAGGAGCCAUCAAAAAAAUUACAAGAUCAAACCAUCUUCCAAAACUCAGUCCAUGA